UUUUCCACUCGCUCAUUGAGAUUCAUGGACACCUAUAGAAAAGGACUCAAUGGUAAGCAAGCAGCAUGGGCCUCGAAGAAGUACCGUGGUCAUCAAACUUCACCUGAAACAAUUAUGCGAGAUUUGACAGAUGCCGGUUUGGUUGGCAACAUUCAUUAA